GACAAAGUGAAAAAACUCCUCUCCUCCUCUUCUAGAUUCAACUGAGCAGCAGGAGCUGUGUAAAGGCGCAUUUCCUUGGUUCUCAGAUCUUAGAUCCAACGAUCUGACUGGUAUACAUCAUCUAUUCAAUAAUCUUGAUCUAAGGUUUUGUAGCUUGAACUUUGCCGGGUCCUAGUCAUGUCGAGACGGCCAGUAAGUUUGACAAGACGGCUCGGUGAUAGUGCAAGCUUUCCAUUUGCAGGAGCUUUGCACUCAAAGUCACGGUCAUCUCCAGUGUUAUCUAUUUGCCUUGUUCUUGUGGGAGCGUGCUUUCUCAUUGGUUAUGCUUACAGUGGCUUGGGUAUCUUCAAAAGUGUAAAAGAUAUCAACAAGGUCACAGGUGACUAUUCUUGCACGUCUGAAGUCCAAAGAGCCAUUCCUGUUCUUAAAAAGGCAUAUGGAGAUAGUAUGCGCAAAGUUCUGCACAUUGGCCCUGAUACAUGCUCGAUCGUCUCUACUCUGUUGAAGGAAGAAGAGACCGAAGCAUGGGGCGUCGAACCAUAUGACAUAGAGGAUGCUGAUCCUCACUGCAAAAGUCUUGUGCGCAGAGGCUUUGUACGUGUGGCCGAUAUCAAAUUCCAUCUGCCCUACCGAUCAAAGUCGUUCUCUCUCGUGGUUGUUUCAGAUGCGGUGGAUUACCUCUCACCCAAAUACCUGAAUAAGACUGUCCCCGAAUUGGCGAGGGUGGCUUCUGACGGCCUCGUUCUUUUUGCAGGUUACCCCGGACAACAAAGAGCUAAAGUCGCGGAAUUGUCAAAAUUUGGACGACCGGCAAAGAUGAGAAGCUCGUCGUGGUGGAUACGGUUUUUCUUCCAGACCAACUUGGAAGAGAACGAAGGGGCAAGCAAGAAGUUUGAACAGGCUGCCUCCAAGAGAUCAUACAGCCCCAACUGCCAAGUCUUCCACCUCAAGCCUUUGCAUUAAAAUGGCUUCCGUUGCUCUGCCUCUGUUAUUAAUUCAGAUCAAAUUGCCAGAGAUCCUCUCGGUCGUUGUAUUUUUUUUUUUCACAUUUAAAUGUUGUACCCUUCAACCAUUUAUAUCAACAGUUUUCUUCUAUGUUCAA